CAAGAGACAGCCAACGGCCGCAAGCCCGGCGCGGCAGGUGGGGCAAGCGGUGUACGCAGGCAAAAUAUCCAAAAUUCCAAAGAAAGUUGCAACAGCAUGCUCCAGUAGCGUAAAGAACAGCCGAAUAAACCAUCGUAGCUGUGCUUGCCAUUGCGACGACAAAAAUGGGCAAGCGAACCACGAAUGAAGACGAUGGCGCUUCUGCCUACAAGAAACGCCAAAAGAUAUCUCACGAUAUCCCCACGGGCGAGGAUGUCUAUUCAGCAGACCAGCUGAGAAAGCUGCUUUCGUUCAAUCAGGACAUGCGACAAGCGAGGCAUGCUCUCCAAUCUUUCAAAAACCUACUCGAUUCCGCAGCCAAUUCGGACGACGACAGUCACGCAAAGAUCGCCAUUCUUCGACAAUAUCUUUCCGCCGUUAAGCCUCGAGACACUGGCGAGGAUGCUGUAUUUCUCGCUGAUAUUAUGGAAACUUGGUCAUUUGCUGCCCAGAUUGGUGAUGACGGAGUCAUGUCGUCAGCAGCCGUUGUGUUAGCUCUCGUGCUGCAGGUUGUUUCGCAGUCGCUCGAGCUGGUGUCCCACGGCCUCGGCAUCUGCCAAACCCUUGUGCAAGAGCGACAGCUAAAGUCGAUUUCGAGAAACCUAUCGGCCGAAAAGGGCAAAGGCUUUAUUAUAUCACCCACCCUCCGCCUUCUCCGAGAAGCCGUUUGCUUAGAUGGCGGCGCCUGCGCCAAGAAGAUCUUCCGAGCAAGACUAUCGACAUGCGCAUCCCUCGGUAGAAACCUCGAGAUUGGACCCAACAGUGACAGCCCAGAAGACUUCCGUCGAGCUUCUGUUCGAACUAAUGCGGUGCGCUUUCUUCUGAGCUGCUUCAAGUACCUCAAUUCCGACGCAAAGAAGGAACUCGUCUCGCAGCGCGAGCUUAUGUCGCACCUCACAUUCACCAUGAAGAAUGAUCCUCCUCAUGUCAUCUUCGAAAUAUUGGAAAGCUUAAAAUCAAACGUGUUUAUGGAUACAGGGAUUUCGAGAGAUGCCAAGUUCCGAAACUUCAACACCAAGAUUCUGAUGCGUUUCCUUGCUCUUUACUCUUACAACCACCCACACGCAGACGCCCAGGAUGUUGCACUAGUACCCGAAAAAGCCCACGAAUUUAUGGUCAGCAUAUGUACAAAUACCACUGCCGGUAUCCUAUACCCUUGCCACGGACUAUACCCCAAGGACACCGAGGACGAACCGCUUACCAUUGCCUCGCUUGGGCGUCCGGAGAACAUCGACGCCGACUUCUGGGGAGACCGCUUCCGAAAGAGCGUUCCUGUAUAUAACUUUGUCCUUUCAGAAGUCGCAAGUAAACUUCGCCCUUGGUCAAGCUUGAAACAUAACGAACUCCUCAUCGCUAUCUUCAAGGCAGCUCCCGAGCUCAUUGCCGACUACUUCUUCAACAACCGCGCCUUUACUUUCGAACCCAAACUUACAAUGACAUGGAUCGGUUAUGCUGCCUUCCUCUUUAACACUAUGAGCAUCCCUCUCCCUGCUUCGUUUGGCGACUCAUCUCUCUAUACCAUCAUCCCACCUCCAACACCCAUCCUUCUCGACAAUAUCAUCCCCCAACCCAUAAACCAAAAAGUCUUGAUCCGUUGUCUCACCCCGUCCUCAAACUUAACAUCUAUGUUUGCUAUGAGAAUACUGGUAUUGGCUUUGGAGAAGCUUUCCAAGGCUCUGAAGGUGCUCAGCAAACCCCAUACGACCAAGUCCGCUGUCUGGAACACUGCUUCCAGAAAGCUUACAGACGCUUUCUGCCAGCGUAUGCCGGACAUGAAGGAGGUUGUGCGCUGCUAUAAAGCAAUCCCCAAAGAAAGCUCCAUCCAUCGCACUAUUGCUAGCCGGCUGCUUCGCCUUUACUAUGAAACAGUACCUCAGAUUGCUCUGAGCGCUAAUUUCGACGUCUCGCCUUUCUUCCCCACUGUUCUCUCAAUUAUUCAGGAUGAAACAGUCGAGGCUGAGGCACGGGCAUUUGCCGGAAUGGAGCUUGAAAACCUAGUGUCCAUUGCCAGUUAUUCACCGGGUAUGCGAUGGUUUGUCAAGGUCGAUGGCCUUCAUGCAAGUGCGGCCUGCUCAACAUACACGGCCAUGUUGCGACUUCUGUGCAACAGCAGUGAAAACAUGCCAUUGCUACAGCUAAGAGCCGUCUUAUCAGAUGUUGCCAUCGAAAACCAGCUAGUAUCUGCCAAGUCUAAAUUAGUGCCAUUGAUACGCGCGCUGCGUUAUGCAGCAGCAAAAAGCGAUGCUGAUGCCACUGAAGUACUUUGGUCAUACAUGGACAAUUGUAUUAGUCGUUGUGCCACCUCCCCCAUCAAGUAUCUUGACUCUUUGGACUCUGUUAUCAAAGACGAAAAGUUACCAGAUAAUGAAGGUCUCUCUCUAUUCGUCAUGUGUCUGCUGGAGCAAAUACCAUUUGUUGCCAAAACAGCCUCGGCUUCUACGCAGAAGCAUUUGGCAACAUUUGCUUCGUUGUACUUUACAGCUUUGCAGGUUGCAGGAGAAGACGAGUUGACACUCCUAAUCAUUUUCAAACAGUUACUGGGUCAUCUUCCCGAAGUGAAGAGCACCACAUGCAAAAAGUUUGGAGAUGCCAAAAUAAUCAGCCAACUUGCUGAUUGUGGCGUCGACGACAGCUCAGCCGAUCAGCAUAUUCAGGACGACGUGGCUGAUUCCACUGUCAUGGUUACUGCUGAAAGGCUGAAGGAAAUGUUACAUGUGCCAUUCGACACUGAAGAAGACGGCUCAACGCUUCUGAAAUGGGCGACCAAGACCGUCGACGACUUGGUUGAAGAUAACUGGGUUGCAAAACUGAUCCGCCUCCUCUCCUCUGAACAUACUCACAUACGCAAAGAGGCGUUGACCAAUAUUCUCAAAAUGGCUGCGAAGAUCGAUGAAUCGUCUUACGAGGAAAAGAAACAAGUGUGGCUACUGCUGUCUGAGCUAGCCGAAUCGUCCAAGGUUCAAAUCGAUUCCGGGCCUGUACCUUCUUUCUUUGUUGCAUUUGCAACCCACGCCCUUGAGAUCCUCAAGAACCCCUUACAUCCUCUCUAUCCCAAAGUCAACACUUACCUCACUCGAAGCCCUGUCUGGCCUCUAGAGAAGCUACCGAUGGCACAUGACAUCUUGCACGGAGAGCCUUCAGAGGACGACAAAUACUACACCGAGGCUACCUGGCUGUUAACAUACUUAUUGGACGGGCUCAGAUCUCCGUAUGACUUAGGUGUCUUCCACAAGAAACGCUGGUUCGAGAAGAUCUUAGCUCUAGGCAGCAACCCAUACAUGCGGGCCAACCUUCGAACCAGAAUCCUUCGAAUUGUAUACCGCUCAACCUUGAUUGAAAGUGGAAGCACUACUUUGGUCACUAGAUUCGGCCUUUUAAGUUGGUUAGACUCCGAGCGCGUGGCAUGUGGUUCCCCAGAAGACGCUGCCGUAUAUAGUGCUUUGAUGAAGCAAGUCUGGGAGACGUGCGACCAAGCGAGGGUCUCUGUCUGGAGCAAAGGUGGAAUCACAAAGUUGAUGCAGAAGUUGGAAGUUUAGCUCUCAAUCCUGACACGAUAGACAACAGUAAAGAG